GCAGCCUUGCCCCAGGUUCAGGUGCUAGAAGUGGGGCAGGAGUGCAGCGCCAAGGAGAAAGACGGCAUUGCCAUCCCGAACGUGGGCUCCAGGAAACUGGCGCCACCCAGCCAGUCUGCCCAUAAUAAAGUUUAUCUGGGACCCCCUCGCCUGUUUCAGGAGCUGCAGGAUCUGCAAAAGGACCUGGCUGUCGUAGAGCAGAUCACUCUUUUAAUCAGCACCCUCCACGGCACCUACCAGAACCUGAACAUGACUGUGGCCCAAGACUGGUGCUUAGCUCUGCAGAGGAUGAUGAGGGUGAAGGAGGAAGAGAUCCACUCGGCCAACAAAUGCCGCCUCCGUCUCUUACUUCCUGGGAAACCCGACAAGGCCGGCCGUCCAGUCAGCGUCAUGGUGGUCUUCAUCACGCCGAACCCCCUCAGCAAAAUUUCCUGGGUGAAUUAUUUGCACUUGGCCAAAAUCGCUCUCCGGGAAGAAAACCAGCCUGGAUGGGUCUGCCCUGAAGAAGACAAGAAGAGCAAAGCCGCUUUCUGGUGUCCCAUUUUGGUCUGUCACAUCCCUGCCUUCUCCUCCAGGGCCCUUGACCUGCAGGUAAGGAGACCCCAAACUGGAGGCCUGUGGGAUGCCGAAGCUGAACCCACCUGCCUCACAGUGGGGCUGGCCCCAGUGCGGACGCUGCUCACCUUGGAUGACGCUGUGUGGGCCAGCUGUGGCAAUCAAGUCACCGUCUUUGAUGCCAUCAGCCUGAAGGCUCAGCAAAUAUUCGAGGCCCACCCGGGAGAGGAGAGCAGCGUGACGCACAUGAUCAAGGCUGGCAGUGGGGUCUGGAUGGCCUUCUCCUCGGGGUCUUCCAUACGGCUCUUCCACACCGAGACCCUGGAGCUUCUGCAGGACAUCAACGUGGCCACCCGAACCACGGCGGUCCUGCCAG